AUGAACUCCUUAAUCGUGAGCUUCCUGAUCGCUCUGUUACAUGCAGCGCCUUCGGCUUCGAAAGAAUCGAACGUCGUCCUUGUUAAGAGCUCAGAGCGUUUCCAAGUGAAAUGUCCAUCGGUGCCGAAUCGGAAACGAGUUCAAGACAUAGUUUGGUUCAAGGAUAAUCACACCCAUCCGAUAUAUCGGUACAGCGCAGAGAACGCUUUCUCGGUUUUCACCCAUACGACUACCCACCAACAUCAGCCCUUGGAGGUCUGGAAGGGACGCGUUUUCUCUUUCAUAGAAGAAGAGCAACCGACUCUUACCAUCGGGAAGGCGAAUCAAGGCGAUUCGGGAGUUUAUGUGUGUCAAGUCACGCUUUCUAAUCGGAACACUCUCUCCACUUCGACGACUGUUCUGGUAGUUGGCGACACUAAUCGACCCGAGCUCUUCCAUUCGGAGACUGGUCAGCGGAUAAAAGCGUUCGUUGGUCCCGUCAUCGAAGGCAACGACCUUCGGAUUACAUGUGUCAUACAAAAAGGUUUCAGCCUGCAGUGGUACCUAAACGACCGCAGAAUCAAAGAAGACAACCAGAGUUCCUUGAGAGCGACCAUGCUGACCUCAUCAGGCCUGAAGGCGAAGAACUCAUCGGUAGUACAAAGCAGAUUGACUCUCAGGGGACUUACAAGAGAUAUGCAUGGUGCAAUGAUUUCGUGUGAGGCGCGCAACGAGAACAUCAAUCUGACAUCAUCUGUAUCAGUGGCCGUAUCUUUGUGGACUCGACCUGCCGAAAUGCGCAUACAAUCGCGCACCUUCUCAGCUGGUGUUCCUGCCAGCGUUGAAUGCGAAAUCGUUGGAUCUCGUCCCGUGCCUGAAGUGACUUGGCGUAUUUCAGGCAGGCCGGGUCAAUUGGCUUCGACUUUCACCCACGUUUCGAAAGAUAAUGCCAUCACAACAUCUGUGGUCACAUUCGUUCCGACCGAGGAAGACCAAGGAAGGAUACUCAUCUGCGAGGCGAGGAAUCAAGCACUUCAAGAUUUCCCAGGCAGCACAGCGAAUCAAACCCUGGUGUUGAACGUUUUUUAUAAGCCCAGUGUCGAGUGUUCCAUAAACCGCCAGGGUCCUCUGGAAGACGGAGCGACUCUUGUUGUAUUCUGCAAGUACAGAGCUAAUCCUGAAACAGCCGAAAUCGUUUGGUACAGGGACGGUCGACGAUUAGAAAAAAGUAAUGCUGCGGUCCUCGUGGAGCACCAAGCAACGGCGAAGAAUUCGGGGCGCUACGCGUGCGAAGUUAUCAAUGCUGAAGGCGCCUCGCGAUGUGAUGAAAUUCAUGUUUCGGUCAACGCCGCGCGACCGGCGGGAGCAUUCUCUUCCGUCUUGUUUGUCGUCUGUUCGACUCUCGUUGCCGUUGGCUUCCGAAACUGAACGUUCCCUGCUGUUACACCCCCGAAGGCUGCUGAAAAUCACUAGAGAAUUCUAUGGGAGUUCCCGGUUUUUAGGUUCUCAAGAUUCCCGCUCGAG